AUGUCGAUGUCUUUGGCUUGUAAAACCAUUCAUAUGUCACCUGCACCUGGGCAGUACAACCCAGAUCCUGUCGAGUUGAUCGCAAGCCAAAAUGGGUGUGUUCCAAACAAUCAAGGCCAGAUUUUGGGCACUGAGCUCAACCUGAUGGAGAUGACAGAAGUGGAGUACACCCAUCUUCAGCACAUCAUCCAGUCACACAUGGAGGCACAGGUUUCUGAUCCAGAGGGAUCUGGAGAUACCCGGUUCAACACUACCAUAUUUACUGUGGGCAGCCCCGCACCCCAACCGAUGACCACAAACUGUGAGGCUGAAUACCCAACAAGGUCUCCCCAGAACUCCCCACCUGAUGCCACAUCAACUUCAAAUGAUGAGCAGCAGUACGCCCUCGGCAGCUCGAACCAGAGUGGACAUGUUGACAUCCAGGAAAUUAAAAUGGUACAGGUCAGCGACGGGAACGUUAUAUCUGGAGAAAGGACACCCACCACUUGCGGAGAAGUCCUCGGCUCCGUGUUGGCUAAAGUCAGGAGUGCAGUGGAUGCAACCGGGGAAUGUGGCUUUGAAGCAUACGACAACGGUAGCGCACAGCUACUGUCCAGGCCAAAUCCACCCGCCCGAGUUCGCUUGGAGAAGAGGUUCAACUGCACCCCCAGAGAACAGGACGCGCAAUCAGCUGCUCUUAGCAAGUACGUUUUUAUCCCUCAAUUUUGAGUGAUGAUAAUGUAUACUUUGUUUAUAGCUGUACAUUCUCUACAGGACUAAAAACACGUUUGUCUUUCUGCUACAGUGUUUUGACAAUGCUACAUCAGUCCAAUGAGGCGCAAGAAGCAGCAGUCCAUCCACAACUGCAGAAGUGGGUGAGGUCAGAUCGGGGCUACCCAAUUGAGGUGUCAUACCCAUAUGGAAGCAUGUUCAACCCCAUCGCUGGCACCCGUCAAGUAUGAGCAACAUACUACUGAUGUUACUAAUAAAUCGAGAUGUAAUUGUUUUCUAUUGUUACGAGGAAGACAUUCAGUGCUAUGUUUUAACAAGUCUUCUAUUCCUAGGGGUUUGGGAAUGUCCUUCAAAAUCUUGAACCCAAUAAGCAUCAAGGGUUGAUCAUUCCAAAGAACUUCACAUUCAGCUACCGGCAAGACAAGAUGACUGACAAAGUGCCAUGCGUCAACCGCCCCAACCCAACAGAGGAGCAACUUUGGGUGAAGGUGGAAGGUAUGUACGUGUCAGUAUGUUCACUGUUUAGCUUGAUUUUGAGAGCACUCAUAACAAAACUGCAUGUACAUUCUCUCUCUAUCUCAGUAUGUCUCAUUUGUUUAUCUUUUCCAAAUUCAGCAUGCUUCUCCAAAUUCAGCAUGCUUCUCAUGGCUAUGUCAUGUACUGUAGUAUUGCUGAACAAAACAUCUGUUUUUUCGAACUCUUAACACCCUCUGUAUCUCUUUCAGAUGAUGCUCUGGCGAGGCCUGCACCCACUGCUAAACUUGGUAGGACCUGUGGCCCCCGUAUUGUCAAGGCCCCCCCCGGUGUCGUCCCAGACUCAGCGGCAGGAAGAGCAGCUGGAGGAGCAGGCACCAGAAAGAGAGUAGGACCUCCAGUGGAAAGUAGCCAGCGCAGAGAGAGGCACAACAGCAAGGAGCGGGAACGCAGGUAAUCAGAUACACACUUGUGCGUACUGUCACACUCAGACACACAAACUGUUUACUCUUGAUCAUUAACAUUCAGACCCAAAAUGCACAGCAUACUAAACCUUAACCAUAAAAGAGCAAACUUAGUACACACCUCAAACCUUUUACUUGGGUAUAGGAGGAGGAUUCGCAUCUGCUGUGAUGAGCUUAAUGUGCUGGCGCCGUUCUGCAACAAUGAGACUGAUAAAGCCACCACCCUGCAAUGGACCACCGCUUUCCUCAAGUACAUCCGAGAGGUGUAUGGGGACUCCAUUAAACAGGUGAGUGCCUGACUUAAGUUGAUAGGCCCUAUAUGGUAUGAUCUCAUCAACAGCAGGGCUCGACAUUAACGCUUGACCUCUUGUCCGGGACAAGUCAAAGAAAAAUAGUUGAUCAAGAAGAAUAUACAUUUCAAACAAUUAAUCCGAUCAGAGGCCAAAAUUGGAAUAAUAUUUUUUUUUAAAUCAUGUACAUAAAUAAGAAAGUGUAUGUCAAAGUGUAGGUGAUAUGCAUAUUGGCUACAACCUCAUGUCCAAACCGAUACUGACAUGAGGGAGGCGCCAGAAAAUGUAGCCAAACUUUAAUGAGACUUUUAAUUACAUAAAUAUAGGCUAAACGCCAGUCAUGUUUGACAAUUAUAAUGAAGGAUAAUUAACAUUAACGUCUAAAGGAUUGAUUCUGUUGAAAUACUCGCGGCAUGGUUCAUUCAGAUCAAAUGGUCACAGGACCGGAGAGUGAAGGACCGUGCCUGUUGCGCACCGCACAUCACCCACUCUGAAUCUGAGCAGAGGCGGUCAGCAUUUUGAAACUAUUUACCCAUAAACUUAAUUGUUUAAAACCUGGAAGUUUUAUGUCAUUUUAUGAAGCAUGUCUUACCUUGUUUACAACCAUAGAAAUGUUGAGGGAAUUAUUUUAUAAACACUUAAUAUGCUGUUGAAACCAGCAUUUUUCUCAUGUUCUAUUGGUUUUCAAAUCAACUUAAUUUUAUUGUCCAGCAGCCAAAGGCACAAUCCUAGUCAUAUACAGUGCAUUCGGAAAGUAUUCAGACCCCUUGACUUUUUCCACAUUUUGUUACAUAACAGCCUUAUUCUAAAAUGUAUUCAAUUAUUUUUCCCCCUCAUCAAUCUACACACACUAGCCCAUAAUGACAAAGCAAAAACAGGUUUUUAGACAUUUUUGCAAAUGUAUUAAAAAUAAUAAUUCAUUUGACCUCAUGGCUUAGUUUUUGCUCUGACAUGCACUGUCAAUUGUGGGACCUUAUAUAGACAGGUGUGUGCCUUUCCAAAUCAUGUCCAAUCAAUUGAAUUUACCACAGGUGGACUCCAAUCAAGUUGUAGAAACAUCUCAAAGAUGAUCAAUGGAAACAGGAUGCACCUGAGCUCAAUUUUGAGUCUCAUAGCAAAGGGUCUGAAUACGUAUGCAAAUACAAUUAAAAGCGUCCCGUGACUGUGCACCUCCCAUUUAUACACACAAAAUUGUUCAUUUAAUCCAUUUUAGAAUAAGGCUGUAACGUAACAAAAUGUGGAAAAAGUCAAGGGGUCUGAAUACUUUCCGAAUGCCUUGUAAGUAACCCAUGCUAUUUGAUGCAUCUUUAGAUCUCCCCUCUUUCUUAAUUUCUAACUGAUAUUUUCAUCCGCUCACACAUGCGGUACGCUUUUGAGAAUGGUGUUUUCCCGCAAUUGCAUUUUGGAACAUUCCUGCGUAGCCUACAGCCAAGUGCGCAUCGUUGAGCUUAUAAUAUGAAGAAAUAAAACUUUAUCCGCAUUUUAAGAUAAAUGGUCUUAUCUCUUACAUCAGCCUCAUUGUAGGGCUAGGUGAUAUGACCUACAAAUCAUAGAUAUCUUUUCUUUCAAACUUAUGGGCGAUUUACGAUAUCUCUAUUUAUUUUUCUUUAAAUAAGCUUUGUUCUACAAUUAAAGGUAAAAUACACUGCAUUUGAAACAGUCAGCAAUAAUCUAAUGAAUUCAGGGCCUUCCACAAUCAUAAGACCCAUUAAUAAUGUAAUUCAUUUAUCCUAAGAAAUGUACCCUGCUUUUUUGCAAUAAUCACUGAUCUGGUUUUCAAGACAGUCUAUGAAAAUGCAGUUUUUGUUACAAAUUUAACCAGAACCAUGCAUAAUGCACAUUCACUAAUAAUGACCAACUUCUGGUAGCAGGCAUUAUAGAAAAUGAACACAGGUCUCAUAAGCAAUCUCUCAAGCAUAAGCCCACGUGCUAGUGAGUAGCCAGCUAAUCUUGAUAUUUAAAGUCUAGCCAACUUGGAUCUAGUAUUUGCUAGCUAACAAGGUAAAACAGUUUAAUUGUUAUGAACGCACCCUUCUGUCCUCAAACUGUUUGAACAGCAUGCUAGCCUGUCCACUUUGUUCAGAUGUUGAAAUCAAGUGGCCUACCUUAUUUCUCAGAAUGAGAACGAGUUGGCAAUUCCUUUAUAUAAUUGUUUUUUAUUCUCACAUUUAUAAAAACAGACUAGAUAGCUAGUAUAACAGUCUGGCUAAAAUGCUGCUAAUGCCGUGCGCAACAAAAACGGAGCAUUCAUUUUCCAGAAUCAAUGUUCAUUCAUACUCUGGGGGGGACAAGUGACUUGAGCUUUUGGACAGGUAAAAAAUCUGUCCCACUUGAGUCUAAAAAAGUGAAUGUCAAGCCCUGAACAUACAUAUUAUUGUGUCAUGCUGCUGUAGUGUCCUGAGGUACCAUAGAGCAGGGUUUCCCAAACUCCGUCCUGGUGCCCCCCCUUGGUGCACAUUUUGGUUUUUGCCCUAGCACUACACAGCGGAUUAAAAUAAUCAAAGCUUGAUGAUUAGUUGGUUAUUUGAAUCCGCUGUGUAGUGCUAGGGCAAAACACAAAACAUACAACUAGGAGGCCCCAGGACAGAGUUUGGGAAACCCUGCCAAAGAGUGCUAUUCUCCUGUGGCGACUUUCUCCUCUCCCUCAGGAUUUCCAGAGCACGUUCUGUGGUAAGACUGGUCAGCGGAUCAAGCCUAGCAGUGCCUCAGGCCAGGUCAUGGUCCGCCAGGAGACCGCAGAGCCACCAAGCGACCCACAGGCAUCGGAGCAAUGAAACAUCCUCUUUAGCCGGGUGCACACUACACGAUUUUGGCCACGAUUUAGCUGUCCCAGACAAGUUUUUGAGAUCGGAGACAAAAUCCCCAUGUCGUUGCCUACUCGGGGCGCGCGGCCAUCACCGACGCUCGUUUAAUGUGAGUGGGUCAAAGACGCAAUCUGAGGGCUACCGAUCUCAUCUUUGAGCAGUCCCAGACGUCCCAAUAUUUUCAAACAGGUUUGGUUUUAUCGGCACAAAAUCUGCAAGGACAAUCUCAAAAACUUGUCUGGGACAGCUAAAUCGAAGCCAAAAUCAUGUAGUGUACACCAGGCUUUAGAGUUACUACACCUAUUUAAUAAUUAUUCUAUUUAUUAUAAAAUUAUUUUACCCAAGAGUAGCUCUACUCCCAUCAGGUUUGGCUUUGGAAUUUUAGCUGUCAGAAAAGCAUCAGGUAUUGCCAAAGACACACAUCCAUUUGAUUGUUUUUUGCAGCAAGAAAAAUUAGUUAGGUGUUCUGUUUAUUCCUUUAUCUCAACACCUUGAAAUAUUAUUGUACCUCAAUGUGAUUAUUAACCCCCUUAACAGGGCAUGUACUCAAACAUGUAA